AUGUCUCGACCAACACAGCGCAAUUUGACGCUCACAGAGGAGCUGGAGCGAUUGGAGCAGCAAAUCACCCUCACCCUUCAGGAAAUCGACAGCAAUUUCAGCAAGGCGCAUCGCAUUGUCACAACCAGCAUUCUGCCCAUAGUCGAGGAUUAUGCCAAGCAUAGCAACGAGGUUUGGGAGGGCUCAAAGUUCUGGAAGCAGUUCUUCGAAGCGUCAGCCAAUGUCUCGCUAUCAGGAUACGAAGAGAACACCGACGAGACUGUGACGAACACCGAGCCCACCGAGUCUUUCCAAACACCGACCGAUCAGGGCGACAGUACCAUUACGGGUGCAGAGCAGCAAGAUGGUGAAGAUGAAGAGUUUAGCGUGGAGUCUCCAACACAAAUGACGGGCGUUCAAACAACUCCCAAGCUCCCACCUUCGACUGCGAAGAAGACGAAUGGAGGAGUGAAGGGACAGACAAGCAGGCCCACAUCGUCUUACAAGUCGCCGACUCCGAGGAAGUACACAGGGAGGAACCAAGCUGCCAUGGAAGAGUCGUCCGAGCAGCCCAGCACUCCACGCAUGACUUCUGCUGCAAAUCUUCAGUCUUCUCCAUUCGAACCCGAAUCGUCCUUCAAGCCUGGUCCCAUUUUCAACAGCCACUCUCGCCAAAAUAACGAUCCAAUGAUGCAUCGCGCGAUUCUCGACAAGAACUACCGCAUCCAGGCCACGCCGCACACACAACGUCAACAGCGACAACAAGCAAAGCCGGCUAAGGCAACUCCUGCCACAGCAACGAAGAAGGCUCCCUGGGACGAUUCACCUGGAUCAUCGCCUAUUGCUGCGCCUGAAUUGCGAAGCGAGCUGUUCUCGCCUGCUAAGGGUGCUCCGAGAACUCCAGGAGUGUCAGUUCUCACACCAGCUGGCAAGAAAGGUGGUCUGGCAGUCCCAAAGACAUCGACUGGUAUGGAGCUCUUUUCCCCACAGGAUAAAGCGUAUGCCUCGACGAAAGACCGCACAAGAGCCAGUGCAUUCUUCGACGAGAGUGAUGAGGAUGAUGAUCUUCCUGAGAUGAGCCCACCCAAGACCAUGCAGUUCCACCUGCCUCAGUCAAGACUGAUGCAGACACCUGCCAGGGAAGCAAGCAAAAAGAUUGUCGACGACUUGUUAUUGACAGCUGGUGCUGACGCGACAGACGAUAUCGAAGGUGAAGACGAUAUCGGUUUUGACGAUCCUAGUCCGAGUGUUGUGAGGCGGGCAUAUGAUGUCGAGGACGACACCUUCUGA